AUGAAGUCUUUCGGCACCAACUGCACCUUGCCUCCAGAUGGAGUCGGUUUCGUUUCGUCGCCCAACACGAGAGGGACUCUCGAUAUUCUGUGGACCUGCCUCAGCGUCCUCUUAAUCUGUACUUGGUCGAUCCUUCAUCUCAAUGUUCCGAUGCAGUCAACUCCGAAUGGAAAAGCACAGAAAUACCUGAGGUCCGCGCAUCGACUGUUCUGGAAGUUGAUGUGGAUGAUGGCGAAUGUAAUAGCUCCCGAAUGGCCUUUUGGUAAGGCUUGGGCAGACUAUCUCUCCGUAUCGAGUGUUGAAAAAAGAUUCGAAGAGUUAAAAGAAGAAGAUCAGGUGCAUUGGAGUCGGACCCAUUGCUACUUCGCCAACAUGGGCGGAAUCGCCAUCAAAUUCGAGGAAUCGACAAAGACUUCGCCGAAGAUGCCCCACGAGACCUCAACAGCACGGUUUGCCUCGUCUCUGUAUCACUGGUUGUGCAACCUUACGCUUCUUGGGGGCGAUCUUUGGGUAUUAGACGCAAACCAAAUCCUACUCGCCCGGGAGCUUGGGAUCCUAGAACAACUGCCUUCUCUGCAUGAGGAUGACGUUGAAGACCGAAAUAAAGGUGACCUCUUUGUUAAGAUCGUGGCGGUGGUGCAAAUCGGUUGGUUCUUCAUUCAAAUGGGUGCGCGUCUCAAGAAGGGUUUUGCAACUAGCCAGCUGGAAAUUCUCACUCUAGCGUACGCCAUCUGCACGGCCAUAACCUAUCUUCUUCUCCUCGAUCAGCCAAAGGAUGUGCAGUAUUCUGUCAUCAUCUCCGCAACGCGUUACCCAACUUACAAAGAGCUCAUCCGUCUGGCCGCGGUUGGCCCGACCUCCUUUUGGCAGCCGAGAAAGAACGUUUGGAUUCCCAACACCGCUGUCCAUGCAGACACACGACGUUUUGGUGCGGGACGUGAUACAACACUCGCUAUGGGGACUGCUUUUGCUGUCUUCCUGCUUGGGUCACUACACUGCGUAGCGUGGGAGUUCGUGUUUCCAACAGAAGUCGAGAGAACGCUGUGGCGAGCGAGUUCCAUCAUCACUGCACUCGCCAUGCCCGCCGGGCUGGCUACAAACAUGAUCGUAAGAAGCAUAUGGAACUGUGCCUGUGGUUCCCGGGUCUCUGGCACUUUUGUUCGUCCCCGAGCACAAAACGCCGCCACCGGCUUUUCCGAUCUCACGUUCGCUCUGAUUUUCGUUGCUGCUCGAAUCUUUACAAUCGUGGAAGUCCUCCGCUCGUUGGCCUUUCUACCGUCGGAUGCUUUUGUAACGACCUGGUCGAGUAAUCUUCCGCAUAUAGGUAGUUAA